AUGUCGCCUCCAGGAGCUUCGCAGACACCACCGAGCUAUCUGGAGCAGACCGUCUCGCUGCUCAGCACCGCGGCCGGAUACAUGCGACUGCCGGCGCUGGCUACUUCGGGUGUUGCCGCCGUCCUGACCACACUCCUCUACUUCAAGCAGAAAGCUCUGAUCUACCCGUCUCACAUGCCCCCUAAUUCGAGAACCGACGUACCGCGACCCUCCCACUUCGGCCUCAAAGACUUCGAAGAGCUCGUGAUACCCACCAAUGAUGGCGAGAAGCUGUCCGCCUUCUACAUUCGAGGCCCGAAGAAUGGGCGCUACUCCCGGUGUACGCUUAUCAUGUUCCACGGCAAUGCGGGCAAUAUUGGCCAUCGACUACCCAUUGCGCGCAUGAUCAUUAACUAUAUCGGCUGCAAUGUGUUCAUGCUCGAAUACCGGGGCUACGGGAUGUCCACUGGCGAACCAGACGAGAAGGGGAUCAUGCUCGACGCCCAGACUGCCCUCGACUACCUGCGGAAUCGAGCUGAGACCAGGAGUCACAAGCUCAUCAUAUAUGGACAGAGCUUAGGGGGGGCUGUCAGCAUCAAGCUGGUCGCCAAGAACCAACACGCCGGUGACAUCGUCGGCCUGGUCCUGGAGAAUACUUUUCUCUCGAUGCGGUCUCUCAUCCCGUCCGUCAUUCCACCGGCGAAAUACCUCGCGAUUCUAUGCCAUCAGGUCUGGCCAAGCGAGUCUGUGUUACCAUCAAUAUCCGAAGUGCCGAUCCUGUUUUUGAGUGGGCUGCAAGACGAGAUUGUCCCUCCGACUCACAUGCGCAAGCUCUACGAGCUCGCCACAACACCCACCAAGAUCUGGAAGCCACUUCCCGGUGGCGAUCACAACUCGAGCGUUUUGGAGGAGGGAUACUUCGAGGCGAUAUCGGACUUCGUCUCUAACGUCGGCGGAGACGAGAAAGUAUGA